AUGGCUGAUCAUCACGAUGAAGAGAAAAAGGAGGAAUCUUUGAUGGAGAAAGCGUCGGAAAAAUUUCAAGGCCAUGAUUCAUCGUCAUCAGACGAUGAGGACGUGAAGAAAUCUUCUGUUGAGGCAAAGGCUUAUCGACUCUUCGGAAGAGAGAAAUCUGUUCAUAAGGCACUUGGCGGUGGCAUACUGGCUGAUGUGUUUCUAUGGAGAGACAAGAAGGUUUCAGCCGGAGUAUUAGGUGGGGCUACUGCUAUAUGGGUUCUAUUUGAUGUUCUCGAAUUCAAUUUGCUCACUUUAGUCUGUUAUGGUUUAAUACUUGCCCUGGUAAUACUGUUCUUGUGGUCAAAUGCUUCCACCUUCAUCAAGAAAUCCCCACCCUGUAUCCCGGAUGUAAAUAUCCCGGAGAAGCCUGUUCUGAAGUUUGCAUCUGCUUUGAGGAUUGAGAUAAACUGUGCAUUUUCAACUCUGAGGGAAAUUGCAUCAGGAAGAGAUUUGAAGAAGUUUCUAUCCGUGAUUGCUGGCUUGUGGAUUUUGUCACUUAUAGGGAGUUGCUGCGAUUUCUUGACAUUGGCGUACACAAGUACUGUAUUGCUGUGCACCGUCCCUGUCUUGUAUGAGAAAUACGAGGACAAGGUAGACUCUUUUGCUGAGAAGGCAAUGGCCCAGCUCAAGAAACAGUACGCAGUGUUGAAUGAAAAAGUUUUGAGUAAGAUCCCGAGAGCGCAUUCAAAAGAUAAAAAACGUGAUUAA